AUGGCUACAGCUAGUGUGCAAGAAUCUGGCCUGUUGAUACUCAACUUCGCGGACCGAGGAGCUCCAAAGUGGCUCGGCGGGGCGCAAACAGCCCAGAGGACUUCAGAGGCGCAACGGGCUGGACACUUGGCGCUGAGAAUCAUGAGUGGCUUUGCGGGGUCAGCAGAGGACCAGGCCAAGGAGCCAAGUGUUGGUGACGGGGCUGUGGGCAUGUGA